AUGCCUGCCUACGAGUACUGCUGCCAGUGUGGAGGCAUGAUUGUCAUCAGCACCACCUGCACCGCCUGCGGCCACAAGCAUCUUGUCGGCGACGACAAUGGGCUCGCUCUCGACUGUUUGACCAUACUCCUUGAUGUCUCGAAUUCCUCGCAUCAUGGAUCACAACGAAAAAGAAGAAAAAAAACACCUCGAGAUGAGAGUCUAAACACGCUCGCUCGAUCUUGA